AAAAAUUGAAAAAAAUAUAAAAAUAAUAUCAAAUAUCAAAUAUGAGAAAUUUCCUUCAUACAAUUAUUUGUUGUGUGAUUGUUUCUAUCGGUAUUGAAGAUCAAUACAAAUAAAAAAUGGAUAAUCGUCAAAGGUUUUUGCUUACAACUUUACUCAUCAUCAUUAUCAGCGAAGUGAAAUUGAAUUAUGCACUUCUUCUAAAAUGUCCCGUCUAUCAACUACACUUUCAAAAAAUUGUUGGAUUUCGUCCUCCAGCCGAACUUAUGACAGAAGGAAAUGUCCUCUAUGCCGCUGAUCCAACUAACCCUUUCGAUCUUAUCAAUCCAAUUUGUUGGGAUCUUUGUAAACAAGAUGAAAACUGCCUCUCCUACAUCCUCAAUCUAGACACAAAUCAAUGUUUUGGAUUUUCUAUUUUUGAAUUAUCAAACCUUUACCAACAAUCCGGUCAAGAUAUUGAACUUAUAGCUGACAAUAAUGCCAUAUAUUUCGAAAAGACAUGUCUAAAAGUUCCUGCCAGUUGCAAUACAAAAAUGUGGAUCCUAACAAAAAUGCCAGGAAGUAGUUUAGUCUUGCAGGGCAAGAAAACCAUUCCCAAUCUUGUUACCAGACGCGAAUGUGCAGAACGAUGCUUAUUCGAAAAUGAAUUUCCAUGUCUUUCAGCAUCAUUUGCCCCAUCAUACAAGAACAAUCAAGCUCGCUUAAGCGAGCAGAUGCCACAAAUCGAAAAGCUGGGUCGUUGCGUACUCAGCGAUAAGGAUAAAGUUCUGCAGCCUGAUGCCUUUCGAGCAGCCCCAUUCGACGAGGAAUACAUCGAGAACCAGUGCCAAGAGCGCCCAAUUGAGAGGGAAAACUGUUCCUACGAGCUCUAUUCAAAUAGUACGUUCAUCUAUGCGGAAGCAAGGCAUAAUGGACUAACCCAAAAAGAGUGCCAAGCCAGCUGUUCCAGUGAAACGAAAUUCUAUUGCCAAGGUGUUUCGUAUUUUUUGGAUCAACUGACUGCCAACUCGGAAUGCUAUUUACAUUCGGAAGAUAUCAUCUCGAUGGGACCGAGAAGCUUGAAAUUCAAACCAAUGUCCGUGUAUAUGCGAAGGGUGAAAUGCUUAGAUGUAUCUGUUAUAUGCAGUAAUGAAGAAAUGGUUGUCAAAUACUCACCAAGUGACUGGUUUCGUGGAAAAAUCUAUGUGAGUGCCCAUUCCGAAGAUUGUAUGACAAUGGGAAAUGGAACAAGAUCUACUUUACUACGCUUGCCAAUCGGAAAUGAAAUACAAGAAAAACGUUGUGGAAUUCUUCGUGCCUAUGAAGUUACAAAAAAUUACCAAAGAAUUUUUAUAUCAGCAAUGAUCGUAGUACAAAAUAAUUUAAAUGUUCAAACUCAAGGUGAUCGAUUAGUUAAAGUCGGUUGCAUUAUAAGUAAUUCAACAGUCACAGAAGCUCAACUACCAAGUGCUAUUGCUUUAGAAUCAUCUUUUGCUUUUACACAAAAUGAACUGCCAAGCGAAGGUUUUAUACAUUUCAAUGAAUCUAAUCUAGAACUUCCGAAAAUAUCAAUGCAAGUUAUUGAUCUGAAUCAACAAUAUCAAACAAACGACGUACAAAUUGGUCAAAGUCUUGAGCUACAAAUCAGUGCUGAACCACCGGAUACACCUUUUGACUUUGAUGCUAUUUCACUAGUAGCCAAGUCAAGUAAUAACACAAGCUUGAUUGUUCUCAUUGACGAAAUGGGAUGUCCAACUGAUGUCACUGUGUUCCCGGCUUUAACCAAAGUUACAACAAAUGAGAAGAAAAUGCUUUAUGCCCGUUUUCAGGCCUUCAAAUUUGCAGGCAAUUCGCUGGUAAGUUUUGAUGUUAAAAUAAAUUUCUGUCCAGCAAGAUGCCCACCAAUUAUGUGCCAAAGAUCUAUGAAGAGAAAUCGGAGAUUUGCCGAUGGGGUGCAAUUGUAUGGUGAUACGGUGCAAGUUAAGAGUCCAAUUUAUGUGUCGACGGUGAUGGAACAAGUUGUAAAUAGUAAUUUAACAGAUGAUGGAUAUAAAACUCCAGAUUCGUAUCUAAAUGGACAAACAGUUGUGAGAAGGGCUCCGUAUAAUCUAGAGCUGCCUUUGAAUUAUGAUAUCAAUGUGCGAGGACCAAAUAUUGUCGAUACAAAAGGUUUGAUUUACGGAGAGAGAGGAAUUGUACUUAUUGCAGGAGUUGAUGAAUCAUCAAUGGAUAAUAUUUGUAUAAAUCAGAGUCUUUUAAUUGCCAUGCUUAUAUUUUGGCUAAUUUUUCAAGUUGCGCUAAUGUUUAGUUGCUGUUAUUUGAUACAAAAAUAUAAACGUUUGGCUUCGUUGGAUGAGGAGAGGAGAAAAAUUCAGGACAGCAUUGAUUAUUAUGAGGGACGUCGAGUGCAUUGGGCCGAUCAGGGUGGUUACACGUUAUAGUUUUAUUGUUUUAAUAAUAAUUGUUAUUUUAUUAGUAAGUGAUAUUUAAAAUUAAUAAAAUAAAAAUAUUGAUAAUAAA